AUGACUUCCUCUCUCGAUCAACUCAAGCAAUGCGGCACCACCGUUGUCUGUGACUCCGGUGACUUCCACACCAUUGAGAAGUACAAGCCACAAGAUGCCACCACCAAUCCGUCUCUCAUCCUCGCCGCCUCCAAGAAGCCCGAGUAUGCCAAACUGAUAGACCCCGCGGUCGAGUAUGGCAAGAAACACGGCAAGACAAUUGACGAGCAAGUCGAUGCCACUCUCGACCGCCUCUUGGUCGAGUUCGGCAAGGAAAUCCUGCAGAUUGUUCCCGGCAAGGUCUCGACAGAGGUCGAUGCUCGUUUUUCUUUCGAUACCAAGACUUCAGUUGAAAAGGCCCGCCACAUCAUCGAGCUCUACAAGUCUGUCGGCAUCGACAAGUCUCGUGUCUUGAUCAAGAUUGCUUCCACCUGGGAAGGCAUCAAGGCCGCGGAGAUCCUGCAAAAAGAGGGUAUCAACUGCAACUUGACCCUCAUGUUCUCUCUUGUCCAAGCCAUUGCUGCCGCCGAAGCCGGUGCUUUCCUUAUCUCCCCGUUCGUCGGUCGUAUCCUCGAUUGGUACAAGGCCGCCAUGAAGAAGGACUUCCCCGCCAACGAAGACCCUGGUGUCAAGAGCGUUCAGUCCAUCUUCAACUACUACAAGAAAUACGGCUACAACACCAUCGUCAUGGGUGCUUCAUUCCGAAAUGUCGGUGAGAUCACCGAACUUGCUGGCUGCGACUACUUGACCAUCUCUCCCAACCUGCUGGAAGACCUGUACAACUCGACAGACGCUGUGCCCAAGAAACUUGACGCGUCGUCUGCCAGCUCUCUGGACAUCCAGAAGAAGACCUACAUUAAUGACGAGCCAACCUUCCGCUUCGACUUCAACGAGGAACAGAUGGCCGUUGAGAAGCUCCGUGAGGGUAUCAGCAAGUUUGCCGCUGACGCUGUCACACUGAAGGGUAUCCUUCGGGAAAGGAUUGAGAAGUCUUCCUAG